GCUGACGCGACCCAAUGCCAUUACGUCGUUCUUACAUCUAUUGGUUGUUCGCUUCCCGCUGCGAUCUUCUAAAGCUCACGAAGGCCCCAAUGCGUACAGAGCAUUUUACACCACGCACAAUGUCCUUGACGACGAUGGAUAUUUCUUGACAAACAAACGCACAGCAAAAAAUCUCCCACCCGGUCACUUGCUUGCGUGACUUGCUUGGAUGCUGCCGGCGCCUACCACUGUUAAGACUCAAGGGCUCACAGCUCAAGCAAGCGAUGCUGUUUGCCACGCGUCGGCAGGGCCAGUGCCGGUCCCGCUUGCACGCUGGGGUUGCGGGAACCAAGGAGCGGUUGGCUCCGCCUGUGGCCACGCAGCCCCUCCUUGCGUUACACACCGGCCCCAGCGGAGCGUCACAGCGCAGGCUGCUGUGCAGCUUAUUGGGCCCGUAAGGCCGGUUUCAACCACAAGCGCGGCUGUACGGCCCACCUCCGAGGCUCUCCGCCCACGUGGUCUGAGUGCACCUGUCCUCGCGCGCCUGAUUCGCUCAACCAUUACUCUCCAGGAGCUGGCCGAUGUGGUGCAGCAGCACUCCUCCUCCCUGGACGUACCGCAUUUGGGCAUAGCGCUGCUGCACCUCGCCCUCCUCACCAGCACCAUCCAACAACAACAGCAAGAGCAGCAGCAGCAGCAACAGUUGCAACAGCAGCAGCGAGCACGACAGAUGCAGUCGCAACUUGAGCUGUCGAGCCAGCAACCUCAGCAGCAGCCACCCCCGCUUCAACGGAGCUCUGCAGCAGAGGAGAAGCCCGGCCCUGCCGCUGCCACCAGCAGCAGCGGCAGGGCCGCCGCGAGUGGCAGCAGCGAGCAGCCCACUGCAAGCAGCAGAGGGGGUGGCAGCGACGCCGACAGGCACAGCAGCCACAGCCAAAGCAACGGCACUGGAGGCAGCCAGCCGGCUAGCAGCGGCGGCAACGGUGACGGUUGGAGUGCCGGUGCACCUCCCAACUCCGCAUUCCCAGCAGGGGAAGAGGCGGCAGCACGGACCGCAGCCAUCGGUGGCGGCGAGGACUUGCUACAAAUGUCCUCCAUCCUUGAUGACGACGACAUGUUACAAAUGUCUUCCAUCCUUGAUGACGAUAACGACGGCGGCAGCAACGGCAAUGGCGGAUACGACGGCCUUGAUGCUCCUGGCUUUGACCGGGGAGGUGCUGGGGUAGCCGAUGUGCUGAGUGGGUACGGCUCCGAUGCCGCUCAGAGCUCCGGAGACCUCAUGGCGCUUGUGGGUGCGGGUGCGGGUGCGGGCGGAGGGCUGCCCGUGGACUCCCUGGACGAGGCGCAGUCGGCGGCGCUCAU